AUGCCAAACAAACCCUACGGGGGCCCCCACGGCCCGGGGGGCCCCCAGGGGCCCCCGGGGCCCCAGGGCCCCCAGGGGCCCCCGGGGCCCCCGGGGCCCCAGGGGCCCCAGGGGCCCCCAGGGUACCAGGGGCCCCAGGGGCCCCAGGGGCCCCAGGGGCCCCCAGGGUACCAGGGGCCCCAGGGGCCCCAGGGGCCCCAGGGGCCCCAGGGGCCCCCAGGGUACGAGGGGCCCCCAGGGUACGAGGGGCCCCCAGGGUACGAGGGGCCCCCAGGGUACCGGGGGCCCCAGGGGCCCCCGAGGGUACCGGGGCCCCCGGGGGCCCCCGAGUUGGAGUUGGAUUUGGAAAAGAAGUUAAAUGGAGUUUCAGUUGUGGUGAAGGGUUUGAAGAAAGUGAAGAAAGAAACAAUUGAAAAAGAACUGGGGCCUUUGCGAAAAGAGCAGCAGCAAAGCUUCAAUGUGGGGGCCUCAGUGAGCAACAAAGGAGAUGUUGAGGUGGAAGCAGCAGCAGCAGUUCCUGCUGUGUUUGGCAGCAGCAGCAGCUGCAGCGUUGCUGCUGCUGCUGCAGUCUGCAGCAGCAACCCCUCGCGGGUCUUUUCGUGCAGCUUUUUCUGCCCGCGAGUGCCCUCGUUUUUAAAUGUUUUUAAUUUGCUGCAGUCCGCAGCAGGAAGCAAAAGAAACAAAACAAACAUUUCCAAAAACCACCGCCAGCAGCAGCAGCAGCAGCAGCAGCAGCAGCAGCAGCAGCAGCAGCAGCAGCAGCAGCCUGUGGGGCUGCUGCAGGUCUUCCGCAGCAGUCGAGACACCUCGUGCUACAACUCCGCCGCGAUCACCACCACGGCGGCGACGGCGGAGCUCCGCAGCAGCAGCAGCAGCAGCAGCAGCAGCAGCAGCAGCAGCAGCAGACACAGCAUUUCAAAGGGCUACCGGCUGCAGGCAGCAGCAGAAGUGGCUCUGCCCGGCGGAGACGCCCGCUUCCUCAAGGGCGAGCUGCAGGCCUUUGCUGCAGUGCCCCUCCCCACCAGCAGCAGCAGCAGCAGCAGCAGCAGCAGCAGCAGCAGCAGCAGCAGCCCGUGGGUGCUGACUGCGCGGCUGGGGCUGGGGGCCCUCCUCACCCCACAGGGGGCCCCCCCCCUUUCUCUUGCAGAUAAAUUUUACUUCGCAGGUGCAGCAGCAGCUCUUAGGGGCUUCAAGCCCUACGCUGUGGGGCCCUCUGACCAAGCGUAUACGAUUGACAAGGCGCGGUCUCUCUGCUCCCCCACGAGAGACUUUCUGGGGGGCGAUUCUUUUUUUGCUGCUGAAGUUGGACUUGCCUACGACUUCCACAUCCCCAGCAGCAGCAGCAGCAGCAGCAGCAGCAGCAGCAGCAGCAGCAGCAGCAGCAGCAGCAGCAGCAGCGGCAGCAAGAAGGGGUUCGGGGGCUACCACCCCCGGCUGUACCUGUUCGGCAGCAUCGGCAGCCUGGGCGACGUGUUCAGCAGCAGCAGCUCCCCGCUGCUGCAGCAGCAGCAGCAGCAGCAGCAGCAGCAGGUGUGGGGCCGCGUGGGGUCGCUGCUUCGCAGCUUCCGCUGCAGCGUGGGCUGCUGCUGCUGCUUCCCCAUAGACAAAGGCGUCUGGGUGGAAGCUGGUGCUGCUGCUCCCCUGAGGAGAAGCAGCAGCGACCAAAUAGAAAGGCUGCUGCUGGGCAUCCGGCUGUGCACCAUAGACAAUCCGAACUAA